ACUCAUUCGAACCAUCGAGCCCACCAUGGCUCCAAGCACGUUCGAACUGCUCGCAGAGCCAUGGGUCUUCCUGUCGCUGUCGCUCAAGCAGCUCCCCACGACCAUCUUCACGCUCGUCCGCGCCGGCGACUGGGCCUCCCUCUUCACCUGGUCGACGUUCCAGGACAGAUGGUUCGGUAACCUCUGGUCGUGGGCCGGACCGGAGGUGCGCAAGGCGUCUGAAGCGCGCGUGAUCCCCCUCCUCCAGGGCCGCGUCAAGGCCGGCGCCAUCCUGCCAGAGAGCGAAGCUGAAGGCGGGGUGUACGGCAACGUCGUUGAAGUUGGCCCGGGGCAGGGCAACUGGGUGUCCAUCUUCACCGAGGAGUACCUCGGCCGCGGCAGCAGCAGCAGCGGCAACGCCGACACCGCGGACGGACUUCGCCAGCGCAAGCCCCACGCUGGCGUCACCAAGGUGUACGGCGUCGAGCCGAACCCCGACCAGCACGACGGCCUCGCCAAGGCCAUCACCGAGGCCGGCAUGGACGGCGUGUACGAGAUCGUGCCCUACGGCAUCCAGGACAUGGGCAAGACGGGCAUCGCGAAGGGGAGCAUCGACUGCAUCGCGACCAUCAUGUGCCUCUGCUCCAUCCCCGAGCCGGAGAAGAACGUCGCCGAGCUGUACACGUACCUCAAGCCCGGGGGCAAGUGGUUCGUGUACGAGCACGUCGUGUGCUACAAGAAGCAGGGGACGUUCAUGGCGCUGUACCAAGCCUUCGUCAACCUCUUCUGGCCGACAUGCAUGGGCGGAUGCCAGCUCCGCCGCGACACCCAGGCGACGCUGCUCAAGGCCGGGCCGUGGACGAGCGUCGACCUCGCUGCGCCCGUCGACGAGCAGUGGGCCGUCUGCACGCCGCAUGCGUAUGGCGUCUUGACCAAGUAGGAGCGAGGGGGUGUAUAGGGACAUGGUUGCGCCGGUCGGUGCGGGGGCGGCGACGUUCCCCGCGAGACGGCUGACCGUGAAGGAUCGUGAGGCCAUCAGGACUAUGAUAGCUGUAUGAAGCAGAAU